AUGUUUGGUGUUACCACUUACCACACGAAAAAUUUUCCACUUUUCUUCCCUUUUUUCAAAAUUUCCAAACGGAAAAGAGACAAUUUUCUUUUACGACUUAUUACCUAUCCAGUUCGAUCCAAUGCCUGUCCAGUACAAUCCAUUGCCUAUCCAGUACGACCAUUGCCUGUCCAGUACGACCCAUUGCCUAUCCAGUUCGACCCAUUGCCUAUCCAGUUCGACCCACUGCCUAUCCAGUACGACCCAUUCCCUAUCCAGUACGACCCAUUGCCUGUCCAGUACGACCCAUUGCCUAUCCAGUUCGACCCAUUGCCUAUCCAGUUCGACCCACUGCCUAUCCAGUACGACCCAUUGCCUAUCCAGUACGAUCCAUUGCCUAUCCAGUACGACCCAUUGCCUAUCCAGUACGACCCAAUGCCUAUCCAGUACGACCCAAUGCCUGCCUGUCCA